UUUACCACCAGUCCCAGUCCCAGUCCCAGUGUCAGUGCACACUGCACAGCAUUCCAUUGAUUAUUAGGGUCCCUUCCGUCCAUGAUUGUUAUGCUGUUUCUGGGAAAUUGUGCCUUCCCUAGUCUGAAGUUCCAGGGAACCAUUUGAAGGUUAGCUACUGCCGCGAGCUUGCUUCGUUAGUCCCAGGCGAGGGCAAGAGCGAUCAAUUCAAUCAAGGUGGGACGUACAUACCGACCCGCCGGUUGUUGUUUUGUCUCAACCAUCUUUGUUUUCUUUCUCUCCAUCGAUCGUGAAAUAUCCUCUGUACAGUACAACAUCAACCAUUAGGCAAGCGGGCUAUCAAUACGCGUUGAGAUCGCUUACAUCCUUCAAGAUGGCUACGUCGAAUGCCGGUUCAGGCGGCGCGACGAACUCGGAGAAGAACAGCUCCUCGCUGUCUGCGUUCCUGUCGACUCUGAUCCCAGUUGGCCUCCAAGCUGCGGCCUUUGUAGGCAUCUUCUUGGUGCUCAGAACGAAGCAGAAGCGCGUCUACAGACCGCGCACUUACCUGGAGACACUUCACGAGGGAGAAAAGUCGCAGGACCUUCCUCCAGGGAAGUUCAACUGGAUUAAGCCGUUCAGAGGCCUGGACGAUGAAUAUGUUCUUAAUCAUCAAUCCCUCGAUGGGUACCUCUAUAUGCGGUUCAUCAAGAUGUUGGCGGUCAUCUGCUUCAUCGGCUGUUGUAUCACUUGGCCUGUUCUCUUCCCGGUCAACGCGACUGCUGGUGGUCCUGGCAAGGAGUUUGAUCUCUUAUCGUUUGCGAAUAUUCCUGCGACUCAGAAGAACAGAUAUUAUGCGCAUGUAUUCGUAUCAUGGGCUUUCUUCAGUGUCGUGAUGUACAUCAUCACGCGCGAAACAAUGUACUUCAUCAAUAUCCGUCAAACCUACCUCCUUGCUCCUUUCAAUGCAGCUCGCAUGUCCUCGCGAACAGUCCUAUUCACAGACGUGCCAGAGGAAUACCGCAACCAAGAGAAGUUGGCGGCCCUUUUUGGAGGAGCAAUGAAGAGAUCAUGGUUGGCGACCGAUUGCAAGGAGUUGACCAAGAAGGUGGAAGAGCGCGACAAGGAUGCGAUGAAGCUCGAGAAUGCCGAGAUCAAGCUGGUCCAAACUGCGAACAAGAGACGUCUGAAAUGGGAGAAGAAGAACGACAAGAGGAAGGAUGCCGCACCUGCUGCUCCUGCUGCUCCUGGUGCCCCCGGUGCUCCUGGUGCUCCUGCUGAUGGCGCUGAUGCAGAAGUUGCUCUCCCAGGUGCAAGAUAUAUGAAGGAUAAGGACCGCCCAAAGCACCGCACUGGAAAGAUCCCUUUGAUUGGCAAGAAAGUCGAUACCAUCGAUUGGACGCGCAGCGAACUCAGAAGACUCGUCCCGGAAGUCCAAAAGGCGCAAGAGGCUCAACAGCAGUUCAAUGGAAAGCUGCUCCCAGCUGUAUUCGUCGAGUUCAAUACACAGCAAGCUGCCGAGGCUGCGUUCAGAAGGAUGACACCCAAGAAGGAGCCGAAGAUGAAUCCUCGUGCGAUCAGCACUACUCCCAGCCAGGUCAUCUGGAAGAACCUGAGUAUCAGCAAGUCGCAGAGGAGACUCAGAAAGAUCGGAACUACCACUUUCAUUGUUUUGAUGAUCGUCUUCUGGGCAAUUCCCGUGGCAGUUGUGGGUGCGAUCAGUAAUAUCAAUUACUUGACUGACAAGGUCACUUUCUUGAAAUUCAUCAACGAUAUUCCAGGUCCAGUAUUAGGUGUUGUCACUGGUCUCCUGCCAUCAGUCAUGCUUGCCGUCCUGAUGUCUCUGGUACCUGUCGUCUGCCGAUUGAUGGCCAAACUCAGCGGAGAAGUUACACUUGGAAGAAUUGAGCUCAAGACUCAACACUGGUACAUGGCUUUCCAAGUCGUCCAGGUCUUCCUUAUCACCACCUUUGCUUCUGGAGCAGCUUCAGUUGUCACCGAUAUCAUUAAUGAUCCAGCUAGUGCCACGACACUCCUUGCUGAGAACCUGCCCAAGGCGUCUAACUUCUUCAUCUCUUACAUCAUCGUUCUAGGUCUGGGCAUUGCGGCAUCGGAUCUUUUGAACAUCGGAGCUCUGGCGAUGUUGACUAUCGUUGGAAAAUUCUUGGACAAGUCGCCUCGCAAGAUUUUCAAUCGGUACAUUACUCUGGCCGGUCUGGGAUGGGGAUCUUUGUAUCCUAAGUUCGGAAAUAUGGGAGUCAUUGCACUUUCAUAUUCCAUCAUCGCUCCCCUUGUCAUGGGUUUCGCCUGUGUUGGCUUUGGUCUGAUCUACCUCGCCGUUCGGUACAACUCAUUCUACGUAUUGACAAACAAUGUCGACACCAAGGGAGCUGCAUACGCUCUUGCUCUCCAACAGUUGACGAUCGGUGUUUACAUUGGAGAGAUCUGUCUCGCAGGUCUCUUUGGCAUCAACAAAUCAUGGCCACACCUCGGUCUCAUGCUUGGCUUUAUACUCGUAACAGCCCUCUGGCACAUUACGAUGAACAUGGCAUUGAAGCCACAGCAAAAGUACCUCCCAGACGACAUCGGCGACCAAACAUCCCUCUUCAUGACCAGCGACCACAAGUCCUACGAUUUCAAGAAAGCCGGCGUCCCACCCACCGAAGCCACCGUCUCCGACCACAAGAAGCUCACCGCCAGAAAAGCCUCCAUCUUCAGCAAAAUCUUCGACCCCUCGAAAUUCAAAUCGCACACCAAGGUCAAAUCCCUCGUACCUGACUUCCCACCACCAAACUACACGCCAGAGGAAGAAGCAGAGGCUUAUUACGACCCGGUUCUAAGAAGUCCCGUUCCGAGACUGUGGAUCGUGAGGGACUCAAUGGGCAUCUCACAUAGAGAAGUCCAAGAUUCGAGUGAGGUUGUGGAGAUUAGUGAUGAUUAUGCGACAUUCAAUGAGAAGGGGAAGGUGGUUUGGGAGUAUGAGGAUCAGGGCAGGUUGGAGGAUGUGCCGAUUUGGGAGAAGAGGAUUGACUAUUGAUUAUUAUAUCUCAUGGGGGUUCGGAGCUUAUACACUACGGCGGGGUGCGGGGUGGCGUUCACCAGGAAAGGCCCGGAUGGGGAAAUGGGGGUUAUAAAAACGACGCUUGACGACUUCGGAUGGUAUACCUACUUGUGUUUGUAUUUGUAUCGCUUCCCGUACCGUACCGUAGAGUACGUGCUUUAACGUAGAGUAACUUAACGUACUUAUGUAAUGUCUGUUAACAAGACUAUCCUUAC